AUGAAUGUUCUUCAGAACUCGAGGGUGGUUGGACGAGUACACGAGUACUCAUCCUCACCAGCACUUAAGAGUACCAAAGUGAUCCUACUGCUUCCUCCUCCCGUACCGGAACCUCGGGAGGAGGGUGUAGAUGGUCAAAGGAGCGCUUCUCCUUUCAGGAGAAGAAAGAUGCAGUACUUGCUCCAAGAUGCCGAGCAGGGAUUUGCCCUGGUCAUUGACCGCAGGACAGGACGGUGGAGUGAUGUUCGCUCUACCCUUGCACGCAUUGCUGGCUACUUCCCAGGACACAUUCAUGUCGUGUAUGUCCUCAGGCCUCAUGGAUUCUUCCAAAAGGCUAUUUUGGAGAUGUCACAGAAGUUCUUCCCUGAUGACUUUGACUACCCAGUGAUACUUUGUGAUUCCACUGAAGACCUCCUGGAUCGCAUUGAUCUCAGUCAGCUCCCUGCCUUUCUUGAUGGAAUCCUGUUGUAUGAUCAGGAUGAGUGGAUUGAGAAUCGACUGGAAGUGGAGGGAUUUGCUGCUCAAACCAAGGAAAUCUCUGACCAUCUGGAUGGCUUCUCGACACAACUCAGCCAGCUUCAUCUCCCUCAGAGUGUGUUAGAUGCUGAGAAUUUUCUCACAGCACAGAGAAAAGUGCAUGAGAUGCUGGAGGGCGACCUGGAAGCGGCAUGUCAACAGGGGGAGUCACUGUUGCAGGCACUACGGAAGCCCUACUCAGCCAGUCCCUCCCUUGCUCCUGCCUUCCCUGGCCGUGUCCUCAAUGUUGCCACUGUUCAAAGGAUCAUAUUGCAGCUGGAGGAGACACAUGUACGGUUCCAAGGGUUCUGGGUGGAGCAUUUGCAGCGUCUUGAGGACUCCCUCCUCCAUCUUCACUUCCAACAAGAUUAUUACCAAAUCAGGGCAAGUUCAUCAGAGGAAUUGGAGAAGAGCCUAGGCGAGUUGGAAAGGAAUCAUGAUGUGGGGAAUUCCCUAUCGGAGGCAAUGGAGCUACGGGUUCAGCAUCGCGAAUGCCACGACAAAAUCCAGGUGAGCUGCCUUUGGGCAUUGGAGUGA